AUGCCCGCUAAGAACUUAGCGAUUGUGUGGGCUCCCAACCUCUUCAGAUCCCAGCAGAACGAGUCUGCCUGCGCCAGCGGAAGAGCUGCCUGCAUGGAGCUGCAGAGGCAGUCGGAUGUGGUAGAGUUCAUCAUCAGCCACACAGACGUCCUCUUCUGCUCCACAUCCACAUCAGGCAUCGGAGAUGGAGCAGGGCACAGUUCUCCAUCAGGGCCCAAGUCUGUGGAGGUGUCUUCUCCCGCCACCAGGCUGCUCACCGUGGAGGAGGCACAGGCACAGAGGCGAGGCCACAGCAGCUCUCCCACACUGACACACAGCAGGGACAUCGAAGUGGAAGAAGGCCCCGCAGCUGCAGGGGGUAAAUUCCACACAGUCAUCGACUUCCCGUCUGAAAGACCAAGUCCACCCAGUAAGAUGAAGGAAUCAGCAGCUGGCUGUUGGUGUUCCUGCUUCAGCCUUAGAGAACCAUCCUCUGUGGCCAAACGCCAACUGCAGCACAAUGCCAGGGAGCCCUCAGAAACAGAGAUUGUGGUCCCGGCGGGUGAAUCGAGCCCUUGUCCACCCAGAAGAGCCACAGCAAGUUGUGAUGAUGCACUGUGUGCUUCCAUCAAUGGAGAGCUCCUAGGAAGCACAAAUCGCUGCAGUUCCAGUGACCGCCUUGAUGACAACAGUGAUGGGCAGAAGAAGCUCAUCCAAGUUCAAGCUCUCAUUUCUCCCCGUUGUGCUGAAGACGCUGACCUGAUCCUGCCAGAAAUAACAGUCACCAGCCUGGAUUGUGACCCGGCAUCAUUGCAGUGCAGCCCCACCCAAGCACAGCCCGUGUGCCCUGACAGCAGUACCUUCAUGCGGGAUCAGGUCAGCCUCAGUGAGGAGAAGCCGAGCCUCGUGGAGGGGGACUUAGAAUCGGAGCUCCAGUCCCAGGCACCGGGCAGCAGCAUGAGCUCUGAGCCACUCUCUCCAUGACACGAGAGGAUGAGUCCCAUCUUUACCCGGGACCUCUCACGCCCUCCUGGCUUUUAGUGAAUAAAAGCAUGCUCGUGCUGGA